UGCAACCAAUGAAACGGAACACCGCAGCUUCUUAAAAUAGAAUGGAAAUGCUUGCAAAUAUACAAACAAUAAUAUUGCAAAGCGGUCAAAUAAUCCAAACAAUCGUUUUCCAAAUCAGGUUAACAAUUGACAACGAGAGUUCCUUUAAGCCGUUUCCCAAACAGACCCCAUCCUCCAAACUCCUUCCCAGCCAAUCCCAUCGCGAGUAGGCCCAAACCCGACCAAAACUGGAAAGUUGACCGUUCUGCAACUCAAAGCAACAAACAAAAACAAAUAAAAAGAAAAGCCCUCACUCCUCCAUUAAUUCUGCGCUCUCUUCUUUUUUUCUUUUUAUUUUCACUUCAUUUUCCUCUUUUACUUUCUUAAAUCUGAAGCCAUCACCGAAAUAAUUGCUUUCUUAAUCCCUGAUUUCUCGCCUAAUUCUUCGGGAUUCCUUAUUUCGGUGAAAAUCAGAGGAAAAUAAGAGGAAUUUUGGUUGUUUGGUGGGUUUUGGUAGCUGUGAGUAUGAAUUGAAGAAGAUUUAGUGGAAGAGAUGAAUGUGAGCCAUGCCUCGGUUCACCCAUUGGACGAUCCACCGACCACGGACGGCGGCGGAGGCGGAGGAGGCAACAACGAGGUUCCAAGAGUGAGGAUGAAGGAUAUUCAGGGGAUGCCUGGUACUCCUGGAGGGCUUGCGUUGCGGAUAUGUCAGUUUGUUUUUGCUGUUGUGGGACUUUGUGUUAUGGCAACCACUAGUGAUUUUCCAUCAGUUACAGCCUUUUGCUAUCUUGUUGCUGCCACUGGCUUGCAGAGUUUGUGGAGCUUAUCGCUAGCUGUUAUUGACAUUUAUGCCCUUUUAGUGAGGCGUACUUUGCAGAAUUAUCGUGUUGUUAGUUUGUUUACCAUUGGUGAUGGGAUCACAUCCACUCUGACAUUUGCUGCAGCUUGUGCUUCCGCUGGCAUCACUGUUCUUAUUGACAAUGAUCUCGAUGGCUGUGUGCAAAACCAUUGUGCACAGUUUGAAACUGCUACUGCAAUGGCGUUCAUUAGCUGGUUUACUGCAUUACCUUCAUUUCUCUUGAACUUUUGGUCACUGGCAUCCCGAUAAAAGGUAACACAGAAAAAUUGAGGUAGGGAGUAACCAGACCAUUUUAGAAUGCUAUCUGAAGCAUUUUCUUAUUCCAAGCAUCUUUCCUUGUAAUGUUCCUGGUGCCUAAAAAAAAAAACCUUGGUUGUGUGAUUUUAAAAUUGUAUAGUUUGUGAACUAUCCGGGCAUUAUGAAUGCCAGUUGCUUAAAUAUACACUUUUUGAGAUGGAAUGAUUGGAUCACAUUAAUGUAAACAUGUAAUUUCUAAUACUAGUGGUGUGUUUGUGGGUCAAGUUAAUGUACUAUCGAUCGAGCUUCGCCUUGUUCUUCCGGCUGUCAAUUGCAGGAUUCCAGACUGGAAUAUGAAAAAAGAAAGAUUAGAAGUUAUAU